AGUAAUCAAAGACAAAGCAUGUCCACGUGCUGCCAUACCUAAAAAAUUGAUCUAUUUAAACGUUUGCUUUCUUGACAUAGGCAUUCUCAAAUUCCUAGUUGUUUUAAACUUUCUUCAAAUUCCUCUAUUCAAUUCCAGGUUCCAACCCUUUUUCUCUUAAUAUUCUUUGUUCUACAUAGAACAUGGCAUAUUUGGCACCAGAAAUCUGGCCCGUCUGCAUUAACGUUGACGCUGAUGACACUGACUUAUUAAAUCAAAUAGAGAUACCAGAAAUCGAUAGCACCAUUCUCAUGUCAUUUCUUGAUGAAUCCCAGACGGAAUAUUUCGAUGAUGAGAAAUUAAGAAGUGUAAUCCAAUCUCUAGAAGCAGAGCUUGAUCCAAAUUUCAUCACAAAUAAUCCUGCUGCUCCAAAUUUAGAUAGUUACAAUAGGGACUUUCUAUUUUCUAAUAUGGGCAGUGAAGAUAGCUCAGAACUAAUUGAUGUUGAUUUUAGCUGGAUGGAUAUAGAGAUAUCAUCUUCCCCUAGUCCCAGUAACAUUAAAAUUAUUGAAUUUCAAGUGGGCAGUGAUUAUUCUCAAAUCUUUACAUAUGUUCCAAUUGAGGAGGAAGUAUAUGAUUCUCUAUGGCUAGAAACUGACUUGUCAAUCUUACAUACUAGACCACAGUAUGAGAACCUUGAGCACGUAAAUUAAAAUUUUGAAUUAUCUUUUUCUUUUUCCUCGGUGUAAAAGAUCUGAUCCAAUUCGGAUCAUUACUGCUAGUUCAACUGUAAAUUUUUUUUAUCGUCAUUAUAUAGAUUCAUAGUUAUUUCAUAACUGUUGA